AUGACCCCCAUCCGCCAUCUGCCGGUGAUAUUCGUGAACGGCGUGCCGGGCGCUGGCAACCAGACUGUAGCGCAGACCAUCUCCACGAUCACGGGCUACGCGAUGAUCAGGCCCGGCGAGCUGGUGAGGAGCGAGGCGGACAGGGACACGGCCCGCGGCCGCCUGAUAGCAGACAAGCUGCACGCGCAGGAGGACAUCCCUGAACAAUUAAUAGUGGACCUCAUAAAAGAAGCGAUGCUCUCGCAACAGGACGCGAAGGGCUACAUCCUGGUGGGGUUCCCGAAGAACCCGCGGAUGUCCAACAUAUUCAACAGUCAGGUGAAGUGGCCGGAGAAGGUUGUCGCGCUGGAAGUGGACAAUGAGGUGGCGGCGACCAGGCUCCAGAACAAGCUCUCCGAGCUGGGCAGGCCCGAGUCCGAGAUAAACGCGGCGCGUGACAUCGUCCGGGACGCCGCGCACAAGGUGAAGAACGUGCACAAGCGGUUCGGCGGUCACGUCAUCACGCUGGACAGCAGCGGUCAUCCGUCGGCGCUGGCGUCCACCCUCAAGGAGAUCCUGUCGGACACGAUAGAGCAGGGCUACGGCAGGCCGGAGCCGGGCGGUGGGCCCCCCGCCGUGGCGUCCAUACCGGCUAUGCACCUCCACAACGACACGACCCCACAGACGCUCGAGUGCGAAGAGCAGCCCCAA